GGACGCAGAGCUGCGUUUAGUCUCUCGCAGCAGUAUCGAGCGUUUCAGGGACUGUGUGCUGUGUUGCGCGCAGUUAGGCAGCAGCCCGCGGAACUGUAGUCGCCGUGGGAGUGAGCCAUGAAGCACUACGAGGUGGAGAUUCUGGACGCAAAGACAAGGGAGAAGCUGUGUUUCCUGGACAAGGUGGAGCCCCACGCCACCAUCGCGGAGAUCAAGAACCUCUUCACAAAGACCCACCCGCAGUGGUACCCCGCCCGCCAGUCCCUCCGCCUGGACCCCAAGGGCAAGUCCCUGAAGGAUGAGGAUGUUCUGCAGAAGCUGCCCGUGGGCACCACGGCUACACUCUACUUCCGGGACCUGGGGGCCCAGAUCAGCUGGGUGACGGUCUUCCUAACAGAGUAUGCGGGGCCCCUUUUCAUCUACCUGCUCUUUUACUUCCGAGUGCCCUUCAUCUAUGGCCACAAAUAUGACUUCACGUCCAGCCGGCACACGGUGGUGCACCUCGCCUGCAUCUGCCACUCAUUCCACUACGUCAAGCGCCUGCUGGAGACGCUCUUCGUGCACCGUUUCUCCCAUGGCACCAUGCCUUUGCGCAACAUCUUCAAGAAUUGCACCUACUACUGGGGCUUCGCUGCGUGGAUGGCCUAUUACAUCAACCACCCUCUCUACACACCCCCUACCUACGGUGCUCAGCAGGUGAAGCUGGCACUCGCUAUCUUUGUGAUUUGCCAGCUCGGCAACUUCUCCAUCCACAUGGCCCUGCGGGAUCUGCGGCCCGCUGGUGAGUGCCUGCAGGGGGCAGGGGGACAGCUGGGCUGGGUGAGGGGGUCUGACUUUCUCUUUCUGCCUUGCCUACCAGGGUCCAAAACUCGGAAGAUCCCAUACCCCACCAAGAACCCCUUCACGUGGCUUUUUCUGCUGGUGUCCUGCCCCAACUAUACCUACGAGGUGGGGUCCUGGAUCGGCUUUGCCAUCAUGACGCAGUGUCUCCCAGUGGCCCUGUUCUCCCUGGUGGGCUUCACCCAGAUGACCAUCUGGGCCAAGGGCAAGCACCGCAGCUACCUGAAGGAGUUCCGGGACUACCCGCCCCUGCGCAUGCCCAUCAUCCCCUUCCUGCUCUGAGCGCUCACCCUUGCCUGGGCUCAGCCCCCACCUGGGGGCAUCCCAGGGGAGGGGCGGGACUCACAGCUCUUCAGCACCUGGAAUAAAACCACCUGCCCGUUGGA